GGUUUUUCACCUUGCUGGUGGGAAGAUUAGCAAACAAACUAGCCGGGAGUUCGAAUUUAUUUAAAACUUUGUUUUUUUUUUUCAAGUUACUGUAGGAAAUUCAGGUUUUGAGUUAUUGUCGGGUUGUAAAUCUUAUGAGUUUGUUUAUUUUACUGUUAAACGCGGGGUUUAAUUAGAAAGUAAAUAAUCUGGCUAAGCUAGUUGGACUUGGAGGAAUCAGCUCUGUGUUGAUCAAAAUAUUGCCAAGUACUGCUCAGGUUCAAUCACGUCUGUGUUCAGUGUUUAAUUUUCCUUUUUAGACAGCAAUCUACUGGGUUUGGUUCAUUUCGAUGUGUUAUUAACGUUAACAUUAAUAUGCAUGCAGAAAUCUGCUCAGUAUCUAAAGACAGGGGAUAUUUUUAGUUGACUGCAGACAUGUCGAGCAGCUUAACACCGGAACAGCAGAAGAAAAUCGAGGAGAACAGACAGAAAGCGUUGGCGAGAAGAGCUGAGAGACUUGCACAGGGAAACCAGCAAUCUGUACAAGCUGUGACUGCAGCAUACAAGCCAUGUCAAACCCAAUCACAUCCUGAAGCAGGAGGGAAAGCAAAGUACAAGCCGAGCUUUCCUCCUCCAAAACCUGCAGCACGCAGCACAGCCCACAGUGGGAGACAGAUCCAGCUCAUAGACCCACUUCCCAUCCCAGAAUAUCAAACGUCAGCUCCAUCGACUAGUUUUGUUCCCCCCAAGACCAAAUCUGGUGGUUUCUCUGAACCAAAGCCAACUUCCACAGCAGCUCGUUUCCAUGGGCCGAGUAUGAAACCACCCACCCAGCCUUUCGACAAGAAACCUCUGGACUCUGCGUCUUCUGCGAAAAGGCCUGCAGUGUGUGUGAGAGGGAAGUGUGUUCCUCAUUCAGAAGAGCGCUUCAGAGUAGAGGUCGGCUACAACGCAGACCUCAUCACUGUGUUCCAGAGCAUUCCCUCCAGAAACUACGAUCCUGUCACAAAGAUGUGGAACUUCAGCCUCAAGGAUUAUAAGCAGCUGAUGGAGGAGGUAGCAGGCCUGCCCUCAGUGUCUUUGAAGGCUCUGGAGGGGAUGGAAGGUUUGGAUUUAUCUGCCUCCAGUAUCCGCCCCAGAGACACUGCAGCAUUGACGGCCAUGAUGAAACUGUGCCAGGGCUGGCAGAAACCUGGGGCCGCGGUCAAAGGCAGAUGCACGCUUAUCUCCCGCUCUCGCCUGGAAGUGGACAUCACAUACCAUGCAGAAGCGAUCGGUAUCUUUAAACAGAUGCCUUCAAAAAACUAUGACAUGAAAACAAGGAAAUGGAGUUUCUUACUCGAGGACUACGGCAAGUUGAUGGAGACUCUGAAGAGCAUCCCGACUGUUGAGGUCGAACCGUUACCUCGCGCUGUGCUCCAGGCCUUUUCCUCCCAGUUUGAGAAGAGCCAUUCCAGAGCUCCAGAAAUCCCCGAAGCCGAUCUCUCGGGCAUUGAACUCACUCUGACAUGCAGCCUCAUGCCCUUUCAGCAGGACGGUGUUAACUUUGCGGUGUCCAGAGAAGGCCGUUUACUCCUGGCUGACGAUAUGGGCUUGGGAAAGACGGUGCAGGCCAUCUGUAUUGCAGCCUACUACAGGAAAGAGUGGCCGCUGCUCAUCGUUACUCCAUCCUCCGUCCGCUUCACAUGGGCUGAGGCGCUCCGUCGCUGGUUGCCCUCAGUAGCAGCAGACAGCAUUAAUGUGGUGGUGACGGGUAAAGACAGUCUUCGCUCCGGUCUCAUCAACAUCAUCAGCUACGACCUGCUUAGCAAGAUGGGAAAGCAGAAUUUAGCCAGUCCAUUCGGUGUGCUUAUUAUGGAUGAGUCCCACUUCCUGAAGAACAUUAAAACUGCUCGCUGUAAGGCUGCUCUUCCUCUCCUAAAGGCAGCUAAAAGAGUGAUCCUGCUGUCUGGAACUCCUGCUAUGUCGCGUCCAGCUGAGCUCUACACACAGAUUCUGGCUGUGAGGCCAACACUGUUUCCUCGUUUCCAUGAUUUUGGAGUGAGAUAUUGUGAUGCCAAGCAGCUCCCCUGGGGUUGGGACUAUUCUGGCUCCUCUAAUUUGGCUGAGCUGAAGCUGUUGUUAGAGGAGUGUCUUAUGUUGAGGCGAUUAAAAUCCGACGUGCUAUCACAGCUUCCUGCCAAACAGCGCAAGGUCGUCACUGUGACUACAGACGGCAUAAACUCCCGUACCAAAGCUGCACUCUCGGCUGCAGCCAAAGAACUCGCCAAGGGAUGCCACAAUAAGCAGCAAGAAAAGGAGGCUCUACUGGUCUUCUUCAGCCACACAGCAGAGGCCAAGAUCCGAGCCAUCCUGGAGUACAUUUUAGACAUGCUGGAGUGCGGACGAGAGAAGUUUCUGGUGUUUGCGCAUCACAAACGGGUCAUCAACAGCAUAACUAAAGAGCUUUCCGAUAAGGGAAUCGGUCAUAUCCGUAUCGAUGGGUCGACGCCCUCAGCCGAGCGCCAGCAGCUCUGUGAGAAGUUCCAGUUCUCAGAGCAGAGCUGUGUGGCUGUGCUCUCCAUCACAGCUGCCAAUAUGGGUCUCACGCUGCACGCUGCCGACCUCGUCGUGUUCGCAGAACUCUUCUGGAACCCAGGGAUAUUAAUUCAAGCAGAGGACCGAGUGCACCGUAUUGGUCAGACCAGGAGUGUGGACAUUCAUUACCUGGUCGCCAAAGGCACAGCUGACGACUACCUCUGGCCAAUGGUCCAGGAGAAGAUGAAUGUUCUUGAACAGGUUGGAUUGUCGGAGUCCAGUAUUUCCGACAAGGCAGAGUGUGCCAGCUUUCACAGCAAGGACCCCAAACAGCAAAGAAUCACAGAGAUGUUCCAGAGAUCGUUCUUGGAGGAGGAUAUGGAUGAGUCAGCGCUGUUAGAGGCUGUGAAUGCUUGGGAGGACACUGAAGAGACGGGCUCCGUCAGCCACCAGGAGAACCACUACUCGGAGAGCCCCAGCAAGAAAAGACGGAUUGAAGACUAUUUUGGAAGAUGACCAAAACCCUCCAGCCUGCCCAUUUCCAAAGUCAUAAACACGCACACUUUGCUUAUCAUGAGUAUUAGAUUUGAUUUAUUGUUUGGUUUCUUUUUUGCCCCCAGUUUGUUUUUGAAAAAUCGAUAACAUUUCUGUAGGAAAUAUUAAUAAAGCAUUUAUAUUUGCUCAUAGAUUUUUACAAAAACACAACCCUUGUGUUCAUAAUUUUUUAAAAAAUUGACUAACCAACUGGAAGUAGCUGCAUUGUUUGUAAAUGUUUAUUACAUUAAAAUGAUGGGACGGUCUUGUAAGCCAUGGUGGUGAAGGCUAUGCAAGUCUUAUAGCUUGAGGUUAGAAUCAGAGAAAGCUUUAUUGCCAAGUAAUUGUUGCAACUACAAGGAAUUUGGCUUGGAGUUAAGGUGCUAAACAAAUAAAUACUAAAUAAAGACAGUCUAUUGAAAUAAAGGAGCUACGUAAAGAUGGUUGUGACGGAGUGACCGUCUAGCGAGCCUGGCUCUUUGGUGUUGUGAUCAGGGUGCAGGUUUGGCAUCCUGUAGAUCUGGGUUCAAGGCAGGAUACAGUGACUGUUCUCUUGCUUCACUACAGAUGGUAUCAGAAGCAGGAGGCCAUUGGAGGUGUGCCCUGUGUGUGAGCCAUGCGAGGGACCCCAGAGAUGGGUGAAGCAUGAGUGUGUGGGGCACCCUGGUAUGGGAGAAGUACAGCUGGGGGAUACGUGAGGGAUGUGUGUGUGAAGCACACGGGUGCGCCUCCGAAAGGGGAGGGCAGUAUGAUGGAGUGCCCAUCACUAUAGUUGAGUAUGUGGUCUGACUGCCAAAUCAAUGAGCCUGGCUCUUUGGUGGUGUGGUCAGGGUGCAGGUUUGGCAUCCUGUAGACCUGGGUUCAAGGCAGGAUAAGGUGACUGUUCUCUUGCUUCGCUACAACAGUCUAUUCUUAAAAUAUUAAGAAAUAAACAAGAUCGAAAGAAGAUAAAAUAAGUAAGCAACUGUGCAAUAUGUGCAAGUCCAGUGAUCAGUCUUUCUACUUGUGAGAGGAAAGUCGUAGUUGUAAAAAAUGCUAAUAUCCUAUGACCAUAUUAAUAGCACCACAAAAUAUAAAUUUCAUACAAAGUUACAUAUAUUUCCAAGCCUGUGGUGACAGUAGCAAGGGAAAAACUCCCUUAGAUGACCUGAGGAAGAAACUUUGAGAGGAACCAGACUCAAAAGGGAACCCAUCGUUAUUUGGGUGAAAGCAUUGUGAGAUCAUAAAUAACUUGCUUCUAUAACUGUGUCCUAUAGAGUCACAAAGUAUAACUGUGUAACCAGGACAUUCAUUAUAGUUUUAACAUGAAGUCUGUUUUGUUGAAGUUAUAAACUGUUCAUUGAUUGAGACUCGAGUACAAAACUGUUCAUGGCAACUGCAGUCCUAACGUUAUCAUGGUGAUUGUAGUCCUCAGCCAUCAUAGCAAAACUGUAAGUGUCCAGAACCGUCUUCCAAGUGUGUCUUUUGACUGUUCGUAUGGGGCCGUUCUCUGCUGGAGCGAUGUGAGGAGACUCCAGCCAGAAGUAGGGCAUCAGGAUGGAUCAGGCAGGUCUAAGAGGUCAGCAUCACUGGUAUCUCAGGAUCAACAUGUAACUUGACAGCGAGAGAGAGAGACAAUAGAUUCUUCCCUUAUGCUAUCAACCUAUAUCAACUAUAUAGUCACAAAGUAAAACUGUGAAACCGGGAAAAUCAUAAGUUUUAACAGGAAGUCUGUUUUGUUGAAGUUAUAAACUGUUCAUUGAUGGAAACUUGAGUGCAAAACUGUUUGUGACUACCGCAGUCCGAAAGUGGCUUAAAGCAUGGCUGUGGGGAUUUGCAGCCUCAAAUGUAUAAUGGGUUCAGACACUGAUGUCACGCAAGGAGGCCUGGUGCACAGUCAGUGUUCUACAUCCCAAAGGUGUUCAGUGCAGGCCACUUGUGUUCUUCCAUUCCACCCUUGACCUUGUUUUGUGCACAGGGGCAUUGUCGUUCUGGAACAGGUUUGGGCCUCUUGGUUCCAGUGAAGGGAAAUUGUAAAGCUAUAGCAAAGAAAGACAUUCUAGACAGUUGCGUCCUUCCAACUUUGUUGCAACAAUUUGAGGAAGUACACAUAAGUGUGAUGGUAAACUUUUGGAGAGUUUGUGUAUGAUGAAGCAAAGUGUUUGUGGUCUGUUCAGGAUUCCUCCAGUCUGUCUGAAGACUGGCCCUGAAGAUCUGAAGUGGGAGUCUGUUCUCCUCAAGUGAAGUACAACCCCGAUUCCAAAAAAGUUGGGACAAAGUACAAAUUGUAAAUAAAAACGGAAUGCAAUAAUUUACAAAUCUC